AUGAGUUUUCGUAUCACUUUGUACAAACACUAUUUGAGUGCUUUCUCAAACAAUAUAACUCUGCAAAGAAAAUUCACCAGAUCCUUAGCAAGUACAGCGCCUCGAAAUGAUAUUUUUAGUUGGUUAUAUUCAAAGAAGAAUGCCAAAAAGUCUAUUCCAAAAGAAGAAAAAGAUACUAAAAAAAUAAUGAAACAAAUUGAAGAAGGUAAAGAUACUGAUAGGGAUGCCGAUUCUGGGGAGCUUUUGUUUUUAGAACUGAAACCAGAGAACUUCAUUGGCGAAGAUCAGGGUAUGAUCGAUUCUAGAAUACGAAAGGAAAAUAAGAAGCCAAUACUAACAACUUCAUGGCUAUCCAAACAUAAAGUUAAAAAUGAAAAAGCAUUUGAUGAAAUUCUAUUGAGCUGUUAUAAUGAAACCUUCAACAAAGACAUGAAAAAUAUUACAGACACAAUAUUAACUGAUAAUUUCCCAGAUUUGUCUACAAAAUUCAAUUUUUCUAAAGAGAUACAAAAAAAAUCUGGCUAUUUAAUAUCUGACUAUAACGUUACCCUAUUUAAUUCUCCUGUUGACUUUAGAAAUUAUUUUAGAACAGAGGUUUUUUCUGGCAAAUUAGGAUUAUUUAAGGAAUCUGAGCCAAAUGCUAUACACCUAAACUCUAAAUCAUUUAAUUCACCAAACAUUUUCGUUCAAUCUGAUGUUACCUUUUUCAAACAAAAAAGAAAUAUAAAAAGAUUGUGGAGCAAGUUUCUCAAUUAG